AUGAAAAACAUCGAGAGCCGAUUCCCGUUGAAAUCGCAGACGGCGGUGGCGGCGGUGUCGGUUGCGAGGUUUAGAAGCUCCUCCGGUACACCGGAUCGGCCAUGGAUGAAGCAACUGAGAGAUUUGGCGAAGUCUAGCUUUAGUAGAGAAGGGAGCAGUGGAACACCGCAGACGGAUCCUUCGUGUAGUCGACCAAAGUGGAGUGGGUUUUGGAGUGGGAAGAGAAGUGGGAGUUCGUCACAGGCUACAUCCAUGGAUUCGAAAUCGAAACCAAAAGGGAUGUAUAAAGAUUUUGAAGCCCUUUUUGGUUCCAAGUGA